CAUACCCUCUCUACUACGAACAAAGCCAAAGUGGGCCAAGCCAGACUGCUUCACUGACGCAGUAUUGCACCUGAACGCACCUGACACACACCUGCACAGGGUAUUGAAUCGAUCGCAAUUGGACUGUUCUGGUUGUAUUAGAAGGUGUUUUCCCUCUCAUCCAAGCAUGCUUCAUUAGUUCAUCCAACAAGGCUCUGAACUAGCCGAGGUCAGGUCCCGCCUUAUAAAGCCACAUUCACGGUCACAGAUAUUACAGUGUGGAACGUGAAGAUUGUGACCCCAAGUGAAAUGGACGGGGACAUCGCAACUGUGGUGCUUGACAAUGGCUCGGGCAUGUGCAAGGCCGGUUUUGCCGGAGACGACGCCCCCCGAGCCUGCUUUCCCUCUGUUGUGGGCCACCCACGACUGGGCAUGAUGGUGGGCAUGGGCCAGAAGGACUGUUUUGUGGGUGACGAGGCUCAGAGCAGGAGAAGAUACCUGACCCUGAAGUAUCCCAUCGAAAAGGGCAUCGUCACCAACUGGGACGACAUGGAGAAGAUCUGGCAUCACACCUUCUACAACGAGCUCCGAAUCGCCCCUGAGGAACACUCCGUCCUGCUGACUUCACCACUCAACCCCAAGUCCAACAGGGAGAAGAUUACACAGGUGAUGUUCGAGACCUUCAAAUUGCCCGGCAUGUACGUGGCCAUGCAGGCCGUCCUCUCGCUGUACGCCAUAGGUCGCACCACAGGUAUUGUCGUGGGCUCUGGUGACGGCGAAACCCACAUGGUGCCCAUCUGCGAGGGCUAUGCUCUCCCUCAUGCCAUCCUGCAUCUGAACCUGGCGGGCAGAGACCUGACCGGCUACCUAAUAAAGAUCCUGAGUGAGCGAGGCUACAGCUUCACCAGCACAGCUGACCAUGAGGUUGUGCGGGACAUGAAGGAGAAGCUCUGCUAUGUAGCACAGGAUUUCGAGAAGGAGAUGGAGACGGCGGUGACAUCGUCCUCGCUGGACAAGAGCUACGAGCUUCCUGACGGUCAGGUUGUCACCAUCGGCAAUGAGAGGUUCCGAUGCCCUGAGCCACUCUUUAAGCCAAACCUCCUUGGAAUGGAGUCGAGUGGUGUCCACCAGACAGCUUUCGACAGCAUCAUGAAAUGUGACAUGGACACCCGGAAGCACCUGUACGCCAACAUGGUGCUGUCGGGUGGCAGUACCAUGUGCCCUGGGAUGGCCGAGAGGAUGCAGAAGGAGCUCACUUACCUGGCCCCUCCUACUGUGAAGGUCAAGAUCAUCGCCCCCCCGGCGAGGAAGUACUCGGUGUGGAUCGGCGGCUCCAUCCUGGCUUCGCUCGACACCUUCCAGAAGAUGUGGAUCACCAAGCAGGACUACGACGAGAUCGGCCCCUGUGUCGUCCACCGCAAGUGCUUCUAGAUACAGCAACAGCGGUCAAAAUUCAGCGUUUGACUCUAUCUAUCAUCUAAUAUGAUAACUUGACUAAUUAGUGCCUCAAUUUACAAUUUUUCCGAUUUAUAAGUCAUGGCUUGGUCAAUGUUAUUUUGCUUUGUGUCGCAAGCAGUGGCGGCCCUGGACCAAAUGGCGCCCUGUGCCCCCCCACCCCCCGCCACGAUUGUCUGGGGUGGGGUGAGCGUGCUGUACAUUGCUGCCAGAAAAAUAACUCCCAAAACGAUGCACCCUGCGCAAUGAACCUUGGGGCGGGGGUGGGGGGGUGUGCGAGUCGCUGCCCCCGAGACAAUGCCUUGGGUGUCUGCCCAUAUCGCCCAUAUCAGAAACUGCCCAUGGUUGCAAGCCAAAUUUGGAGUUGCGAGCGAGCUUCAGAUGUGCUUCCAUGCGAGUAAAGUGAAACAAAAUGGAGCAGUUAAGGUACUGUAAUGCUCUUGCAUGUGGGCAGGGACAGCUACAGUCCCCAAUGCACUUUCAGUCAUUUAUUAAAAGUGAAAAUAAAAAUGAACACACUUGCAAGGAGCUGCUGUUGGGCACAUCUCACGUCAAAAGACUCACGAAGACUAACAGGCUGUAUUCCUGAUGUCACUCACUAGGCCACACCCUUUAGAAGCACAAAUCCAACAAAGCAGUUGUUGUUAUGAUUUGGUUUGUCCAAACAUACUGUAAUUACAUUUUAUAAAAGCAGCCUUUUUUGCAUUCUACAGUAAAGUGAUUUAUUAUUUAUUUUAUUUUAUUUUAUUUUAUUUUUUUGUGGGGGGGCUGGAACAGAUUAAUCGUAUAUGAUUUCAUUUCAAUUGGAAAUAUUGAUUUGAGUCAAGGUACCACUGUAUCUAUUUAUCUACUGCAUUUGUGAAGGCUGAUCAAGUGUGUACUGUAUUUAUUUUACAAUCUGUACAAUGAAUAAACAAUUAUUGACUGAUACUGAUCAUGAAUUUGUCCUGCUGUAUUCAUCACAUCUGUGAAAACUGAUUAAAUAUAUUUGUGAAAAGA